CCUGCGGUUUCUGAUUCACAUUGCUGCUCUCAAGAUCCGUGUUCCCGUUUUACCCCGUGCCAAGCACUCGCCUUGCCCUCUGAAACGAGCGGGGGGUAGAGCAGUCACUUCCCAUCACGGUCGCCGUCAUCGCUUCCCCCUCCGAAUCCAACGACAUCUCGCCUCGCCGCGGUUUCACUCCUCACUCCCCAUCCCUCUCCAGCAGCAGCUCGCGUCCACCGCCACCGCCCACCAUGAGCCGCGAUCAAUUCCUCCUCCGCCUCCUCGACCUCCACGCCGGCGACGACCCCUUCUUCCCCUUCCCCACCUCCUCCUCCUUCUCCUCCUGCCCAUUCUCCACCUCCUCCUCCGCCCACCACCGCUUCCUCCUCGACGACCACCCCUCCUGCCCCCUCGGCUUCACCUCCCCAUCCCCGAUCGACACCUUCCACCUCGACCUCGACCUCGACCUCGACCUCCUCCUCCCUCCCCGCGCCGCCGCGCCCCCGUGCCCCGCCUUCUUCGACCCCUUCCUCCUCGACGCGCUCGGCCACCGCGUCUCCGCGCUCGAGCGCGCGCUCGCCCCACCACCCCCGGCGCCCCGCCGCAAGUACACCUACGCCGCCGAGGCCGACGGCAGGAAGGUCAAGUGGGUCGCCGAGGACAAGCCCGCCGGCGGGAGGGCCUACAAGUGGGAGGCCGAGCUCAAGACCCCCAACGACGACGGCUUCGACCGCAAGUGGAAGUGGGAGUCCAAGGCAUCCGCCGCCGGCACCACCAAGGUCAAGUGGGCCAAGGAGAUCAAGGGCAAAGGGUGGCUCGAGCCAUGGUCCAACUCCUACUCCGUCGAGGAGACCUACGGCGACGACGACGACCAAGACAAGGCCGCCACCGCCGCCGUCAACAAAGUCAAGGAGGAGAACAAGCCCAAGGAUAUGAAGAAGAAGAAGGGCAACGUCGAGAUCGUCGAGAUCGAGGACAACACCAAGGGAUGUGUCGCCAUCAGGAAGGCAUUUGAAAUGAGCCAUGCCAAGGGAAAGAAGAAGGAACUAUCCCAACAAGAUGCUGCAUUGCUGAUACAGAUGAGCUACAGGGCGCACCUGGCCCAUCGCUCCCAGGUGCUCCGAUGCCUCCGCGACCUUGCUGUGGCCAAAGCCAAGCUUAAGGAGAUCAGGUCCUUCUUCUACAACAUCUCAUACCGCCGCCGCAUUGCCCAUGACUCUGAAGAGCGCCAGAGGUUCGCUGAGAAAAUCAUUGUGCUGCUCUUGACCGUUGAUGCCCUUGAGGGACCGGACUACAUGGUUCGCAAUGCCAAGAGAUCGAUGCUUGAGGAACUUGAGGGGAUGUUGGAGAUUGUUGACCCUCAGCCACCAGGGAAGCCAAGGACACUUAGCCGCAGGAAGUUUGAUCUCCCAGAAGGUGGAGCCAUCCCAAAGGAGAUGAGGGAUGGUGUCAAAAAUGUCGUCAGAAUUGUCGAGGAGGGCAAGUAAGAUUCAUCAGUGAUGGAAUGCUUGUAGCGGACUAGCAGGAUGUCAUGCGGACUUAUAGAGUUUGUGCAACUGCUGAGAACACCCCUGAUCAGAUGUUUGCUAGAACCUUGCGUUGUUGUAUUUACUACUAGAAUGCUGUUGCUUGUAAUGCUGUGCUAGCAGUAUGAUCCAUGUUAUGUUUGGACCUGUUCCUAGGUGUUUCCUUAUUCCUAGAUUUCGGUGAUGUGUGUAGACUAAUUCAUCAUCCAUCAUGGGUGGUGAAACUCUAAUAAAAAUUGGCAUCAAUUCAUCACCAUGGUGUGUUGCCUUUCA